CCAACUCUACCACGCCCUCUAUUGAUUUCGCCGCCUGCGGAAAUGGACUCGGAGCAGGCUCGAGAAUACCUAUCGGGUAUUCUAAACAAGAACCUGCGUGUAUACACCACAGAUGGUCGCCUAUUCUGGGGUGCUCUAAAAUGCACCGACCCUGAUAGGAACAUUGUUCUUGCUCAUACAUACGAGUACCGGCAACCGUCAUCUAGGCAGCGUGCAGAAGCAGCCGAAAAGGCCGGUGGCGAAACAAUCAAGCUUGACAUGAGCUCCCGCUAUCUGGGACUAGUAGUGGUGCCUGGACAUCACAUCGUCAAGAUGGAGGUUGAGGAAUUUGCGAGCCAAAUGCGGAACCAGAUUUGA